AUGUCUCCAUCUUAUGAUAUGAUCUUGUGUUCUAGCCCAACAACCAUUUUUCGACGUUUUGAUAUUCACGAAAUUAAUUCUGCAAGGAUCGCCAGCCACGUUGGAACACGUUGCAUCAGUGUUUCACAGUGGCUCAAGAGAAAAAGUCGAAACAGUCUCUUUGCCAAACGUGGGUCACCACUACUUUCAUUUUUCCACAGCUUUGUACUCCAACGUCUCAACAUAAAUCCGUAUGCCAGCGCUGUAACACUACUCUCCGCCGCCGAUGGUACAGUUAUGGUCAACACCACAAAUUAUUUGACUGAAGUCUAUGAGAACUGGAAUAUCACAACGCAUUCCUGGUACAAGCCAGGUUUCAGUCUACCGCAAAUCCUAAAUACUGCAAUGGAACUGACACAGAAUACUAUGAAUGUUGAUCGCAACACAUCUUCAUUGGGUGGGCGAUCACUGAUUGCCUUGCUUGUGCCUAGCCCAGUUGCCUUCGUGCCCGAUUGGGAUAUGCGCUAUGCACUAAACUUUCUGCAGCAUCUCAACUACACAGUGCCGGAUUUACAUUUUCUCUACUAUGGUGGCGGUGCGCUCAUACGCUUCAAAGAUCUCGUACCUAAUCCACAUAAGGAUCUCUUUCCACUCGGAGAGGAAUUCGAUGCAUGGACAGCGGGAACACCGGUUGUUAGACGCAUACGUGAAAUUCCACGUCGUUUGGUGAAUCCACGUUGUGGCGCCGCUAUGUACGCCAGCUCGACGGGCCCCAAUGAGAUGGUGCAAUAUGUGCGCACGGGUGGCAUUAAUUUUUACCGCAUUAUGCCGAACUACUUCUUCGGCUACACAAGUAUGCGCUACCUACGCAUAAGCCCAUUGAGCGCAAUAUCUUUCACUGUUUGCAGUUCGCGUACAAAUCCAUUGCCCUAUCGUAAGGAUGGCGGGGAUGCGGCGGAGCAGGUCUGUGGUCAGACAGCCGCCACUAACGGUUACGCUGUGGACUUGAGUGAACUUUGUGUUGGCUACACGUACAUCGAUGACUGUCCACCGUUGUAUGUGUCCGUGCAGGCUCAACACUUUACCGGUAGCAGCCAGUUAUCCUGCACCAACCCUGCUUGCCAGUGGCCCGAUGAGGCGCAAUUUCUCGUUUAUGUGAAUUAUUUAGUUUGUAAUACAGCUGCGAAAUUGACAAUGACGUCAGCUGCAGCAGCAGUUCUAUUCAUUGGUAUUUUAGUACAAAUCUAG